CUGUGGAGAUGUGAUACUGAGGGACGUGGGCAUGGUGAGGUGGGCUGGUGAUUUGGGGAUCCUACUGGUAUUUUCCAGCCUUAAGGUUUCUGUGAUGAUCACUAGCAGGUCUGCUCCUAUUAAAAUUCCACUUUUCUUAUUUUGCAGAUUUGCCUUAAUCGCCGGUGCCAGAAUACAAGUGUGUUUGGUGUGCAUAAGUGUGCAACAAAGUGCCAUGGACGUGGAGUUUGCAACAACAAAAAGAACUGUCACUGUGAGGCUGACUGGGCUCCUCCAUACUGCGACAAGCCAGGCUUUGGUGGCAGCGUGGACAGCGGGCCCAUCAGACAAGCAGAUAAUAAGAGUUUAACCGUAGGAGUGUUGAUCACCAUUCUGUGCCUUACCUUUGCUGGGUCAAUCAUGUAUCUGAAAAGGAAGACUCUCAUGAGAUUGCUGUUUACAAGUAAGAAGACGACAAUAGAGAAAUUAAGGUCUGUGAGCCCAGCGAGAGCUUCUAGAUCAUCUAAGCCCAAUCACAUUCGUACCACGUCUCUCAGUAAAAAUCUCAUCAUGAAGCCACAAAAUACAAACUUGCAAAAAAGAGAUGGCCCAAGGCGCCCGCUGCCCUACCAGAUCGUUGACAUCAGUGACCCGGUGAAGACGCACCAUGUGCCACAGCUGAAGACCCCUCAGCGUGUCCUACCGCCCCUUCCCCAGCCACCCUGCCACCAAGCGGGGCCUGAAAGGCCCCUUCCUGCCAACCCCACGCUCAGGCUCUCCCAGGAAAACCACAAGCCAAACCCUCCUCGGAAGCCUCUACCAGCAGAUCCUCUGAACAAAGCUCGUUAUAACAGCGCGUGCACCCCAGGGCUUGGACACACGAAAGCGCUGCCUCACAUUGCUCCUACCUGCUCCCAAGCAUCCACCGCCGGUACCCAGGUCCAGCAAUGCUGCUGCUGAUGUGAAAUGAUGAGGAAAUUGGACACCUUUAUUUUAAAAAGUGAAGACAGAAGUUUGCACUAUCUUUCAACUCCAGCCGGAGUUCAUUUUUAUGACAAUACUUAGACUUUUUAAUGUUUAAAACAGCAUUAUUUUUUAAGAGUUCUGAGCUACUGCCUUUGGUGCUGUGCUGUGCUAUGGUGCUCUGUAUACUUGCUCAGGUACUUGUAAAUUAUUAAUUUAUGUUGAAUAUUUAUUACAGUGCAGUGCACUGUAGUAGAUAUUUUUACCAUAGCUGAGUUUUCCUAAAAGGAAGCCUUUUUUGUAAUAUUUCAGUGAACUUGAAUAACUCUGCUCUCUUGGUCCUAUAUAGGGUGUUUAGUUUUGAUCUAUAAGGAGCGCUGAUUCUCAUGGAUAAAUCAAAUGCGUAGAAAAUUCGAUCUCUGUAGUUCAUAGCAAACUCUUGACUACGUAUGUCAGGGGAAACCAUCUGGAACAUGGUGAAAUGCCUGAUAUCUGCACCCAGUGGUAUUUACCAAAGUAUCUCUCAGCGUCAGCAGUUGUACUGUAAUUCCAGUUCACAUUACUGUUUGAAAUCGUCGAGAAAUCUGUGCUAAAAGAGGAUGUCUUUCUUUUGGACAAGUUCUCUUCGUGAAGAAGUACUGUAUGUAUCUCAAAACUGUAUUUUUGACCUCGUUUUCCUCAGACAACGUGGCUAGCACAUACUGCUGCAGAUAUCAGGCCUUCCAGUGUCAUUGCCUUUGUGAUUAAUUAACUCGACUUAUGCCAUGUGAGGUAGUACCAUCUCACUAUGUUGCGUACCUGUACUGCUUAGACUGAAGACACACUACAUGUAAGGGGUGGGGGAAGCCAAGCAUGACGAAGAAUUAACAUUUAAAAAAAAAUAAUCAACUAUUAUACUUACUUUCUCUUGCCUCAUUGCUCUGCUUAUCAACUGUAUUUUCCGUAUUUACUACUGUUAUGUAUUUAACUUCUAAAAUGUUGCUCUGGGUUUCUUAGUUUUGAAAUCAAAAAUACGUAUUUUAGAACAUCACCUUUAGUUAGCUUAAGACAUGAAGACAGAACUUCAUCUCUUUGGUAUGUGCCAACGCUACGUCUGAUCUCUUUGGUACCUUCUCAGUAGCACUGCUGAACACCACUGUUUCACAUAUGCUGUAAUAGAAACAACUUUCAAAUACCAGUUGGAACAGAGGAGGAAGAAGCUCUUACCUUACAUAGGCUAGUUUCUUCAAUGCCUGUAGUUUUGUUGGUUUUU